AUGAAUAGCAGUAACAAACAGGUUGCCAAGUAAAGCAGACGGAGCCGAGACUGAUCUCGGUUUAAAGAUAAUACGUGUGAUGCCUUAGAUGCGAUCGAUGAUCAAUCAUGGCCGGUGGAAUAGUGACUGUCGAGCUAGCUAGAGAUGGUCAAGGCACUCCAUGGGGCUUUAGAUUGCAUGGAGGAAAGGAUGUGGGAUAUCCCCUUUCGGUUCAAAGGGUAUUCCUUGGAAGUCCUUCUGAGGGUGAAAUUCACAGAGGAGAUAUUAUUUUAAUGAUUGGAAAUACAGAUGCAAGAAACUUAACUCAUCAGCAAGCUACUGAUAUAUUUCGUAAAGCUGGGAACAAUCUAAAAUUAGUGAUACAAAGGAGUAAACUUGCAACAUCUGGCUCAUCCACUCCAAUAAAUUCACCUUUUGGAAGCACUCCAUUUUUAAAUCUAUCUGGAGGUCCAGUAACAAUGUACCAUUUGGCUUCACCGCCAAGUGCUGGCUCUACUCCUCCUCCCCCAUUAACUAAACCACUCCCCACAACACAGUUUACAGACAAUUAUCGUCCCUAUACUCCUGAUUCUCAGCUAACAGAUGAAGAAUCACAAGAAUACCUGGUUGAAAAGCAUCGAGAGAGGCAGUCUAUUGUUAAUCAAGCACAUCGAACAUUUCCUCUCAUUACUCCACAAGCCAAACCAAGACACGACUUACCUACUGGUUCAUAUUUACGAUUUGUAAAUGAUCCAAACUGGAAAACAUCUCCUUCUAAUCAGGCCAUGGUGAAUAAAGUAACAGAAUCAUUAAUUAUGGCAAAGCUUCAAGAUAGUUUAAGAAGUACAGAUUCACCAGGCUCUUCUUAUAGUCCAGGUCGAACACCUACUCCAGAAUCACUUCCAACUUCAGGUCCUAAAGUCCUUCACAAACAAUACAAUUCUCCUAUCAAUCUUUAUUCUGCAGAGGCCAUUACUGAAACUUUGGUUGGACAAGCAUCAAUUCAGCAUAACCAAACCAACACUCCACUAGCAGAACAACCUCUUCCAAGUCCUCUCAUUUAUACAUCAUUGGGUAUUAAACGUUCUCCAACCUACCAGAUGCUUCAUCAUCAAGAAUGGGGUAAUUUGAAGAAAUCAGAAAUGAAAGAGCAUGGUGCAGUAGAGAAUAAAGUAUACUCAGUUCCAUUUGGAGAAGGUAAAUUUGGUCAAGGAAAAGAUGUGAUCCACCAAUCAGGAAGCUUCAAAAAUUUGAUGACUAAUAUUGCACAGUCAAGUGUAUAAAAUUCUAAGUACUGUGCUUGGUAAUAAAUUAAGUGUUUCUCCUAGACAGAUAAAAUAUAUUAAAAAAUUUUGUUUUCCUUAUUAUGGAACAGUGUGAGUUUCUUACUACACUCCUCUUUGAUGUUUUUGCAUAUUUUACUGAUUCUUCAAAACUCGCAUGAAAUUGUGUUUAUAACCAAGGAUAAAGCUUUAGCUUUAGAUAUUUAUCAGUAAAUAUGGACAAGCUGUUAAAUAUUUAAAUAUGUGAUAUUUCUGCAAGAUGUGAUCAAAACUGCACUGUUACAUUUCUGUUGUACGAAAGAUAUCUUAAUAUAAAUGGGAAUGUUUCAAGUGCAUCUAGGAUAAGUGCUAAUAUAGCAUCAAAAAUUUAUAUCAUAUUGUAUAUUAUCAAUAAAGUUUUCAAUUUUUUUUGUUUUAAGAAUAAAA